AUGUCGGGACCAAGUACGGUGUUAGUGAAGCGCAAGAGAACAGAGCAAGCGCUAGAUGCGCUUUUGCUACAGAAAGAGCAGCGGCCAGGCAAGAGACAGAACACCGAACUUCAUUACGUGCGAAGAAGGGAUGACAAGGAGGCAACGCCGAGUCUAUUCGAUGCGAAGCACAUACAACAACGAACCAAUCUCGAGGAUGCGCAUAGCGGCAAGACGUCACAUGCGUCAGGAAGUGGACUCGAUGGGGCCAACAACGGGGCGAGGGAACGACGGACAUUCCAUCUUAAGCGACCCAGCACGCCGGAAGCUGGGGUCAAGAAACGCAAGGCCAAGGAUGAGGGUAUAGCGACAUUCAUCGAGAAGAAGGCCAAGAAACACCCACAAGAGCUGUUGAACCUCGCCGAGCAUCGCAGAUCCGCCAGCCAGAACAAUGCGACCCCUGAGGUGCUGAAGCGGCCAGGCAAGAGCUCUGCUGUAAGACGAGAUGUUGAUGCAGAGACACAGAACAGGGAGCAAAAGCAUACCAAAGUAAACUCUCGCUUGGAAGCCAUGGCCAACUCCUUGCACCAGUUUGCCAUCGAGGAAGCCGCCAAAGAGCCAGCAGCAAAGCCGAAAGUGACUGCAACCCCUCGACUACCACCGCAACGGAGCAAAGAGCUACACCGGAAACGUGCCCAAAGCGAUGCCAGACUGAAAAGCAGAGAAGCCGAUGUCGAAAUGGAAGAUGAAGCCGAUUAUGUGUACGAUACCUAUGUCCUGGCACCAAGCUCCAACAUUGGCGCUGCGCAGGUAGACACGCAGGGCGUAUUGGGCAGCGUCGGCUAUCUGGUUAUCACCGAGGAAGAUCAAGCGGUUUGGGAGACGUACAUCGAAGACGAGCCGAGCGAUAAGGACUGGAACAGCGAUGAGGACGACGAGAAUGCGGAGGAUUGGUACGGAGCUGAUUAUCCCGACGACGAGCUUGCAUCCGACGAUGAGUACGGUCGAAAUGCUUACGGAUACCGCAAUCGAGGCUCCGAUGACGAGGACUGGAACGAAGACGCGGGAAGUUGGAGCGACGAGGAGUACGAGCGUCAAAUGCAGCCAUGGCGCAAGAGCACAGCCCAGCAAUUCUCCAAAUACUUCGAUGGCAAGUGA